CCACGGAGGAUCAAGACUCCCUAUCGUAUGCCAAUCCUCUACAUCACAUCCGUCACCCAAAAAAAAAAAAAAAAACCAUAUUCAUGCCCAGAUUUGCAUAUGCCUAUAAAUAUACAGAUCUGUCCGCAUUCUUAACGAAAAGGUGAAAAGGGUCCGGCAGAUCUACGAUCAUUGAGAACUUCAGAUAGGUGCUACUAAGGUUUGACACUGGGUCUCUGUUGUUUACGAAGCGCUAAUAAAAAUAUGAAAGGUGGACAUCUCAAUAGAUUCUUUGGACGGCAUUCUUGUACUUUGGCUGCUCUUGUUCUUACCACUAUUUUUCUUUGGGCUGGCGAGAAAAACCCACUUUUUAUCAGUCUAUUAUCAUCCGAAGAGCAGUUAAAAAUGUAUUCCCCAGAUCUUUCGGUGGCUGAUUUUGAUUCCCCAGCAUUAUUGAAUUCAAGGGAUCAGCGUACAGAGGAGUAUUCACAUUCACACGUAAUGGAAGAUACAGAAGAGGAUGCAUCUAUAAAACAUUCUGAUAGUGCAGUGAUGGAUAUUCCUGUCCGACCUUCUCCUGAAAGAGUAGAUGAAAGUACAAUUUUAGGUUCCUCUGUUAAUAAACAAGGUUGUAAUUAUGCCAAAGGUAGAUGGGUUGCAGACAGCCAGAGACCAUUGUAUUCCGGAUUUGGAUGUAAGCAGUGGCUAUCUGAUAUGUGGGCAUGUAGACUAACCCAGCGAACUGAUUUCACUUAUGAAGGUUAUCGUUGGCAACCAGACAAUUGUGAGAUGAGAGAUUUUGAAGGUUCCAAAUUCUUGAGAAGAAUGCAGGACAAGACUAUUGCGUUUAUAGGAGAUUCACUGGGCAGACAGCAAUUCCAAUCUCUCCUGUGCAUGGUCAGUGGGGGCAUGGAAAAUCCAGAUGUUGAAGAUGUUGGAUGGAAAUAUGGCCUUGUUAAACCACGAGGCGCUGUUCGUCCCGAUGGAUGGGCUUAUCGGUUUCCUGACACAAAUACUACAAUUCUAUACUACUGGUCAGCAAGUCUCUGUGGAAUACAGCCCAUCCAUAUAACAGAUCCGGCCACUGAAUUCGCCAUGCAUUUGGAUCAGCCACCAGCUUUUUUGAGUCAAUUUCUUGCUCAGUUCCAUGUCGUGAUUCUUAAUACGGGUCAUCAUUGGAAUCGGGGGAAGCUCAGAGCGAACCGCUGGGUUAUGCAUGCUAACGGAAAUCCUGUAACUGACAGGAAACUAGCAGAAAUCGGCAAUGCUAAGAACUACACGAUCUAUAGUAUUACCAGAUGGCUAGAUUCACAAAUUCCAUUACAUCCAGGGCUAGAAGUUUUUUUCCGAACAAUUUCACCCCGUCAUUUUUUGCAUGGAGAUUGGAACACGGGAGGUUGCUGUGACAAUACCAUUCCACUGUCUAGGGGUAGUGAAGUCUUGCAAGACAAAUCAAGUGAUCCUGUUGUUGAAGGUGCUAUCAGGGGCACAAAGGUAAAGAUUUUGGAUAUAACUGCUAUUUCUGAACUGAGGGACGAAGGGCAUAUAUCUCGGUACAGCAUAAAAGCAUCAGAGGGUAUAAAUGAUUGCUUGCAUUGGUGCCUUCCUGGUAUUCCUGAUGCAUGGAACGAGCUGCUUUAUGCACAACUAUAACACUGUCGUGCCCAGAAUGAAGGCAUCAAGCCUUCAGCUGCUAUUCUUUUGCUUACGCCGUGGCUUCUAUAUUUGAUUUAUUCUUCCCAUUCGUAGAACCCUCAUCAACUUCUCGGGCAGCGGGGGACCGGGGCUUGUUCCUAUAGUACCACUAUUAUUAUGAAAAAUGAGUGCGAUAUACUUGAUGUCAAACUUGAUAUCAGCAGGAAGAUCGAAAAUCUGCAGAAAGUGGUCAAAGCUUCAGCACAGAAAUAGUUCUAUCUAUACUGUGAAAUAGGUUUUUACUUAUUUUUUCAAUCUUGCUUUGAAAUAGAAAGUUCUUUGUUGAAUUUGUUAUCUGAUGGCCAUCCUUGACAAGUGGCUUGUACACAAUGAAGGCACCUUCAAAAUAUUGCUUCAUAGACUUGUCUGUGAAAAAAUAAAAAAAUAAAAGAAAAAGGGAAAGACAAUGGUUAUAUAUGUCAACUAUUUUUGGCUUUCCGGAUUUCAUAUUGGUUUAUGCGUAGCUAAUUUCUGUACUAAAGUACAUUUUGCGUACUGAUUAGUUGGUGAUCCUGUGUGAGAGCAGUUGAAUAUUGAGUUUCCAGAUUCUCAAGAGGUUCAGCGGUGUUGGCAUACGGGCCUUUUUGUGCCUCGGAUGUGGGAAGCUUUAUUCAUCCCUACUUGGAUUAGGUAU